UUUGAAUACAAAUUACACCACCGACAACUCACGGCGUCAUAUAAACGUCACAUGGUUACCGUUACCGCCUUAGAGCGCGACCUCUCUUCUCAUACAAAGAGAAUCCUUCCUCUCUGUGUAUCGAAUAAUUGCUCACACCUUCUAGUUGACAUUCAUUUUCUACAAAUUCCCAAAAUUCCAAUCCAAAAAAGUUAAGCCCUAAGACCCAAAAUCCAAGAAAACCCUAAUACAAAAACUCUUUCAAUUCGUUCACUGAGAUUUUGCUUUCGCUAACUAUGGGGUUUAGAUUCCAGAAUCUCAACCCAGUAUACAGGAUUUGCAUGACAAGGCUUUCUUCGCACACCCACAAAACUUCUGAAAUUCAAUUCCUCAAUUCCCGUUUUGUAGACCCUUCUUUGGUUCAUUCUCAGAACCCCAUUUACGUUAUACCCAGAAGGUGGCACUUGGGUCAUUCCCACCAUGAUGGCCACCAUAGUCAUCAUAUUUCUGGCAAGGAGGGAGAGAACAUAUUCAGGCUGGGUCUGGCUUCCGAUAUUGCAUUGGCUACUGGGAAAGCUUUGACUGGAUAUUUGUCUGGAAGUACCGCAAUCAUUGCUGAUGCAGCUCAUUCCGUGUCCGAUGUGGUUCUCAGUGGCAUCGCUUUGUGGUCAUUUAAAGCUGCAAAAGCUCCUAAAGACAAAGAACACCCAUAUGGACAUGGUAAGUUUGAGACCUUAGGAGCCCUCGGAAUCUCUUCUAUGCUUUUGGUAACUGCUGGUGGUAUUGCAUGGCAUGCUAUAGACCUUUUGCUGGGAUUGAUGUCAGCUGAUCCUCAAACAUUUAUUCAGUCUUUGACACAUGAGCAUGGGCAUAGCCAUCAUCAUGGUGGACACCACCAUGGAAUUGACAUGAAUCACCCCAUUCUAGCGUUGAAUAUGACUAUUCUAUCAAUAUCUAUAAAAGAAGGGCUUUACUGGAUAACAAAACGAGCUGGGGAAAGGCAAAGUAGUGGGCUGAUGAUAGCAAAUGCUUGGCAUCAUCGUGCAGAUGCCAUUUCAUCAAUAGUUGCUCUUAUUGGGGUUGGAGGCUCUAUUCUUGGAAUGAAGUUUUUAGAUCCCCUAGCUGGGCUUCUUGUCUCGGGCAUGAUCCUGAAAGUGGGUCUUGAAACUGGAUACCACAGUGUCCUGGAACUUGUGGAUGCUGCAAUCCCAUCAAAACAGUUGGACCCUGUUAAACAAACAAUACUACAAGUUGAAGGUGUCAAGGGAUGCAAUCACUUGAGGGGGAGGAGAGCUGGUUCAUCUUUACAUGUUGAUGUAAAUAUUGAGGUUGAUCCUUUCUGUAGUGUUAGUGCUGCACAUGAGAUUGGAGAAAAUGUUCGGAAUCAAAUCCACAAAUCACAUCCUGAAGUGGCGGAAGUUUUCAUACACAUAGAUCCUGCAAUUUCACAAGUUUUCCCAAGUGUAAUGGACCAGCAAGAAAGUGCAGCUGAGACUGUGUGCCAAAAAAAUUUUCGCGCAGAGGAUAAUGGCAUUGAAGAAUUUGUUUCCCGCACCAUCCUCUCAAAGUUUCAAGAGAAAAUGGUUGUUGAGCGCAUAACACACCAUUUAUUGCAAGGAAAGAUGCUACUCCAAAUUGAGGUUUCUAUGCCUCCAAACGUGUUAAUUCGAGAUGCAAUGGAGGUGGCUAAAAUGGCAGAAGAGGAGAUUUUGAAAACGGCUUCUAAUGUAAUUCAUGUCAGCAUUCAGCUUCGUUUGGGGAAUCCAAUCUCACAACCAAAUCAUCACUAGCAUCAACGGCAAAGUGCUUUAUCAAGGUGGUUUCUUUGAUCAAUUACAGACACAGACGCAGCCUAGGCACCCAGAGAAAAUGUACAACAAAGAGAUGAUGGUCCCAAGUUUUUCGCUCGACUAAUACCUACUCUGCUGAAAAGUAAUCUUGUCUUAGAUACAGAAAACUCUCUUUUGAAGUGGAUAGAUUGAGACGGCGUUCUUGGCUGAAAAUUGACCAGUUACUAUAGUUUGUACAUCUUUUUUUUUUUUUUUUGGGACAAAAUUGUUUAUACAAUCUUAAAAGAGAAUAAUUAUAGAAUGACAAACUGAUUUGAUUGCCCAAUCAGCUUCAUUAUUAUUA